UGACGCCAUAGAUGGGCGAAAAAAGGAAAUAAAGAAACGUACCGUGUCUUCUAAUUAAACUAUAAUUUUCUCCGGAUUUGAAAGUUUGUGGAAACUGUCGUGAUGAUGUAAGUACACAACUAAAAAAUAUAUAUAACAUACAUAUAGUGAUUUCUGCUAUUUUUAAAGCAGAAAAAUUACAUAUUGCGCCUUUAAAUCCUAAUAUCAAAUAUUUUUUGCUGUCAAUUUUCUCAGUAGACCAACUCCUGCAUAUCUUACAGACAUAACCUAUCUUUAAAAUGAAAAAGUAUAAUAUGAAAGGGUAAUCUUAAAGGGACAGUGAAAAGUAAAAAAUAUUAUCAUCAUUUUAGUCACCCUCAUGCUGUUCCAAAUCUGUAUGAAUUUCUGAAUUUCUUCUGCUGAACAUUAAGUUCUUUUCAAAAGAAGUUAUUUUGAAGAAUGUAACUAAACCAUUGACUUACUCAUUUUUGGGGGAACUAUCCCUUUAAUGAUACAAUAAUAAUAAAAAUAAUAAUAAUAGACCAUUUAAAUAUAACACAACUAUUUAAACAUGUUUCAGAUAGGGUCAUUUAAUCUAUAUGAAUGGUUUUACAUGCUUCCUUUCAGAGGGACAAACUGUAACUAUUUACAUUCGCCGAGCAAAAAUGUUAACGUGAAAUCAAGACAGCCUGCAUUUUUAUUUCUAUUUGAGAACUGUAUAAAAACACAUAGGCAACAUAUUCUAGACCCUUUAGAUUCAGUUGUUCACAAAUAUUACUAGUGGGAUUAAAUGGGUUACAUUUGUUCUAGGUCAAACAAAGUCAUACAAAGGAUUAGGUAUAAUUUUUAUUAUUAUUCCUCAGGAAAUGUAGUUAUUUUGGUGUAAUUGGGGAAUUCCCAAGCCGAUUGAUUCACCUUUUUGAUCAAAACAUAUUCAGAUAUUCGUUUUAAUGUGUGUGUGACAGCAUAAUAAAGUAAACAUUCCUCCCAGAUUUCCCUCACUAUUUCGCACAUUCGCUUCAGGGAAAGGAAGUUUUGAGGUCGUCCUUAAACUUUUAUCUCUGUAAUCUGCUCUUAACGUGUGUUUCGUGACACGCUGCCUCGUGCGGCACGCAUCGGGAAACGAGAGACAGCCGAUCUCGCUCUCUACGGAAAGAAUGUCGGAAAGGGCCGAUGAUGACGUCAGGGGGGAGCAGCAGCAACAGCAGCAGCGCAGAGCGGCCAGGCAGCUGAAGCAGCGGGGAGAAGCCUCCACAGCAAUGGCGACUGUAGCGGAGCGCAGAUCCCUGCCUAGUCCUGAAAUAAUGCUGGGACAGCCUUGGAGCAGCUGGGUCGAUGCUGUGAAACUCUACGGGAGCGACGGUACAGAAUUGGAAGAAAGUUUGAAAGAGUGCGGGAAAAAUCGCGAAGCCAUGAGACUCUGCAGAGACGACAUGCCCAUCUUUGGCCAGUGUCCUGCACAGGAUGACUUCUACCUGGUCAUGUGCAGCCACUGCAGUCAGGUAGUCAAACCCCAGGCCUUCCAAGCACACUACGAGAGAAGACACAGCUCCAGCAACAAGCCCCCAUCCAGCUUUGCAGCGUUCGCAAACUCUCGAAACAAGAGCAGCAAAUCAGCCAAAGAGAAGCCGCCUCACUGGAAGCCUCCCUUCCCCUAUAGGGUGCCGCAAGAAGAGAGUCCCAUCCCUGCAGCUAAAGGAGAGAAGGACCUUCUGAAGGUGGAACCCUCACCCAAACUUCCCCAUGUGCCCGCCUCUUCUUCCACUUCCUCCUCUCCCUUAAAUACUGUGAGCCCCUUUACCUUGAAGUCAGGCCAUAACUUCCCCUCCAUACCAAAGGUUCCACAGCUGGCCUCAGGUCAAACCCUUAAUGGAAAGGGCCACCUCUCAUCCCAAGACAAGAAACAAGACAGUAGCAGAAGACUGUACAAGAGACCAGAGCGAGAGUUUAAUCCAGAUAUCCACUGUGGGGUUAUGGAUAUGACAGCAAGUAAGCCAUGCACGAGAUCCUUAACAUGCAAGACACAUUCCAUUAGUCAGAGGAGGGCGGUGCUCGGACGGCGGCAACUCUUUGACACGCUGCUUGCUGAGCACAAGAGCAAAGCACGCGACAAGGAGCUGCAGUUCAGGUUGGACCCCUCACACCCAGCACCCCCUCUCAGGGACCCUCACCCUCCCCCCUCCCGCCUCUCGCAAGACCUUCACCCAGUGUCCCAUGGCAAUGGCACUGCCGAUGCCACCAAGCCUUUGCCCCUCAGCAAACCCAAACCUCAUAAUUCUGGGCUUCCACGACUCAACAGCAGUAACUCUCACAGUGGAGGAAACCCAGCCAUGGCACACGACCAGGCCCACCCCUCUCACUCGGCCCCUGUCGGUCCCGAGACCAGCCGCCUCUCCAGUGACGAAGGGGAGAACGAGGAGAGAGAGGAGGCCAUGGAGAAACUGGACUGCCAUUAUUCAGGUUACCACCCACGACCAGCAGCUUACUGCUCUUUUGGAAGUCGGUUGUAUGGUAGAGGUUGUUACGCGUUCGACCGGCGCUGGGAUCAAGUACGUUGUACUCUCACCACCAUGUUGGACAAACAUGUCAACUCACAAAUGUGGAAGAAAAUCCCUCUGGCCUCAGAGAACUCUGCAACAACACUGACAGCCUCUCACCGGACAAGCACAAACUCCCAUUCUUCCUCAUCCUCCUCCAUUUCUGCAGGGUUUCUCAGCCUGUCCUCACCACCACCUUAUGACAGCAAGCCGGUCCUGUCGUAUGGCACCACCCUGAACGCCCGCUCUUCUCCGCAAGCCUCCGCCACCGAGCAGCCUGCCUACAGUGGCGCUUCUAGACACGUGUCAGCCUCAUCACCCCAGAUGCCUUCAGCCCACUCGUCCUCGCUACCCUCGUUGGGCUCCAACCGACCCCUCAAAUCCCGAUCUGGUACAAAGUCCUUUAAGGCUCGGGAGCCAUCCUCCAGCCUAAGUAACUCUAUGGUCAAGGGCAGUACUAACAGCAGUGUUAGCGUCAGCGGUAGUGCAAGCAGUAGCCUCAGUUCGGGAAAGAAGCGGAAAAACAGUUCCCUGUUUACCACCCACAGCACUUACACCUCUGAAUCCUCCUCCUCCUUAUCUUUUAAAAAGAACUGUGCGAUAAACUCCUCAAGUCUUGGCAGUGCCUACCACACCUCGCUCACCUCCACCCCUUCUUCAUCUUCAUCGUCAACAACGCUGUCGUCAUCCCACAGUGGGGUGUACAGUGUGGGGGUAAACUGCACCCCAGGCAGGGCCAACUCUUUGAGCUUGAAGCAGGAGUCGACAGGACGUGGCCCUCCUUCAGGCAGCCCAGCCGAGUCCAUUAAACGCAUGAGCGUGGUGAUGAACAGCAGCGACUCCACCCUCUCCCUCGGGCCAUUUGUUCACCAGAGCAGCGAUCACCACGCGGAUGCACGUCUGGAAGCAAAAAGGAGGAAGGGCUCACCUGGCUCAAGUAGCCUCAACAGCACAGCGUCUGGAGCAGGAGGGGGAGGGGGACAAGGUCCUGGCAGGCUCAAAAUGUCCAAGUCUCCAUCAAUCAACAACAUCCAUAGCAAGCAAGCUCGCUCUACACCUGGACCACCAGGGCUCCCUAACAAUUCACUCAUACAUCAGCCAAAGGCUCGUCCCUGACACAGGUGUGGAGGCUCUGAGCGUGCUGAGCAGUAGGCUGGACCCAGAGCUCCCUCAGCCCCCUCAUGCCACUCUGCACGAGGCCUUCUUUUUCUCUUACUCUUCCCACAAUCCUCAGGGUGGAAUGCAUACUGGGUGGCCCAUUGAUGCCCUUCGUGGGGAUUUCCUCCCAAAGCCAUGCAGGGGCACUCUCCGGGGAUAGGAUAAUAAGCCAGAGAGAUCUAGUUCUACUGUCGGAGGUUAUGAUGAAUCUAUACAAUGCACCACUGGGUACAAAGCCUGCUACAUAGAGCGUGAGCUGCCCAGCCUGAGCACUUGUGCUGGGGCCGGAGGGUACAGAUUUUGGCUGGUGCGUAGCCUCACCAACACUACCAAGCAUAGGAGGGAUGUGAGACACGAACAAGAUAAGUUGCUUUACCGGUGUUCUCCGGUAUGUUAGUUUGAGCGUGUGGACAUAUGGGAAUACUGGAAACUGAAAUCCCACUCAGCCUUGGAGGAAGUGUACAGGAGAGAAACAUCCCUAAAGUCUACACACAAUCAACUUAAGUUAAUCAUACACAUGAUCUCUCACUGGAAGGCUGUAUUAGAUUAAACUACACUCACUGCAGGAGUGGAGUUUCAACAUGAGCAACCUAAACUUAAAGAUUAUGCAAACUAAACAUUUCUAGACCACAUUUUGUUUACAAGUUAGCAAACAGAACAAAAUAUUUAUCAUAUACCAUUUUCCAUAAUUUUUUGGGGGGGAUUCAAGUUUUCAUUUUAUUUUUUUAUUUUUUAUUAGGCAGUUUUAUUGCAAUUUCUUUUUUUGCUGAAAAAUCCAACCCCAAAUCAAGCUCGUUAGUGUAAGCACUUGUUCAUACAACAUGUUUAUUUUGAAUAAUUGUAGGUUUAUGUUAGUAGCCUAGCAUGUUUUUACUGAAUCUCUGAGCAACAGUCAUCUCUUGAAGCUCCAAAAAACUCAAGACAAUACUGUAAUCCUCUUAAAAACCAUAACUUGGACAAUACGGAUAUUUAGUUUUAGGUACAUUAAGGGCUCGAUUCAUUAAACCUUUCAGCACGUUCUCCGGCAGGUGACGUUUCACCUCUUUCAAUUACCCAUAAAGAAGCAUGUGCUGAAAUCUUAAUGUACUCAAAUCUGCAGUCUCGCUCUCAUAUGAUUGUAAGAGUGUUUCCUGGUGAAGAUGCCUUAGGCGUGGUAUCGUUAUGUGCCGUUUCAGUCUCAGAAAGGGGCUUGUGGCUAGCUGAUGUUGAGCCAUAGACCAACAUUACAGACACACUAUCAUCUCAGCAAUGGAGUAGACAUCUACACAACACUCAAUACUGUGAGACACAUAUACAGUAGUCUGGUCAGCACCAUCUCAACAAGUGAGACUUUACACCGCGACUGAACGUUUCUGCAUGGAUCCGACACGAGCUUUUGUUCUUUGUGACCCUAAAGAGGUUGGUAGCUGGACAUUCUGAUUUAAAUCUCAUUUUUAAUGUGGGUCUGUCAACUUAAAGGCAAUAGAUCCUUUUUUGACUCGUUGAUCUUCAUAAGAGACGUUGAGCUGGAUUUUCUUGUGUAAGUUGGGGCUUCUCUUUAAAACUCCUGUAAAUUCCUGAACUCCACUGAUGUCAGUCAGCAAUGGUCGCUGAGAAGAAGAGCAUGGUUUUUUAUUUUGUGUGUGCGCGCGCGUGUGUGUGUAUUUUUUUCCUUCCGCUUUUUCGUACACAAAACCGAAUACAAAUAUUGAAUUAUCCCUAUUUCAGAAUACAUAUUUUGUUAAAGAAUUGUACAUAUGGAGAUGUAUUUUUGCACAGGCAUUUUCGUAAAACGAUUUUUGGUACAAUUGAGAUCAUUAUUAUUUAUUUAGUAAAUGGAAACAUUCUAAGAUUAUUAGAAGUGGUUCACUGCCAAGCCGAUAAUGCAAUAUGCCACUCUAUCAGAACACAGCUUCUAGUUUAUCACACACCGAGUUCACCUGGACAGAUUGUUGCCACAGUAGUGGGGAAUCAUUGUAUUAUUUUUUCGGUGUCAGUAGUGCUUCUUUUCCCCUUAGGUUCCUCCCCGUCUCAAACCAAGAGGUCAGAGAAUGUGAUCAAAAUGGCCUGUUUAACUGUGCAAAAGAUUUCUGGCUGGCUGAUGUAUUUUGUAGGACUUUUCUAACUGGGAGAGGGAACAAAACAGUUGUACAGUGCAAAAUGUGCACCACUGUUGCCAAACGUUGUAAUUGGAUACACUGCUUUUUAAUUACUUGUUCGUUUGCUUUUAACGAGAAAAAAAAAGUGCCUGAAUUAGUUUCUCAUCAACUGUUGUUAUGGCAGAUUUCAUGCAUUUUUUUUUCACAGUACUUGAAUGUUAUAAAGGUUUAGAAACUUUUUAAACCUGCCUAGCAAUCUCACACAUCGCCCUUUUCCCCUUCAAGUAGAGCGGUAACUCUGAUUGAUGAAAUGCAUGGCAGAGUAACCCUUACUUGACAAUGACAUGAGAAAAGCUUCCCGUCUAUCCCUUGUAUUCUUUUAUGACUACUUUUGAUAUUAGAAAAUUUCAAAGCGAGAGGGAUAGAUAUUUUGGUGGCUAAGUCUGUGAUUUCAACCAAUGAUUUAGGCAGAUAAAUGUACUGUUUACCUUGAAAUUGUAACUCCACUGUUUUCAGAUAAUGAAAGCUUUGUGAAGAGGUUUGAUUUAACACCACAGAUUCGGAAUGUGAACCGAAGAUAAAAACAGUUUGCUUUUUGGGGAAGAAGCCUCUUACAUAUAAACUUAUGUACAAGUGUGUAUAUUUCGAUUUUUUUUUUUUUUUGGUCUUUUUUUUGUAUAUGUAUUCAAAAAUCAUUUGAUCAGCUGGACUUUUGUGCAUUGGCUGCUAUGUAAUUCAUGAACAAACACAGUAGGGUAGAUUUACUUAAUAUUUAAAGAAAAGAUUGUAUAGUAUAUUUGUUUUGUAACAAGUUUCUGUAAAUAUGAAAAAAAAAUAAUUUAUACAGUUAUUUAUA